CGCAACACUGUAACCUUCUAUAAGAGCGCGCGGACGUCAAAACAUGUCGACCAGUGGCGCUCUCGGCAACUGCUACGCCGACCCCGUCAUCGGGCACGAGGCGGAGGACGUGUACGGCGCGCGCUUCAUCCAGGCUCCGCACACGGUGACCUCGAGGCCGCCGCCGCCGCCGCCGCCGUCAGGUGCGGGGGGCGCGAGCGGCAACGCGGACUUCUCCUCGUGCAAUUUCGCCCCCAAGUCCGCCGUCUACCCGUCGUCCUGGUCCUCGGUUCACCCGCAGUCCGCCGCCGCGCUGCCGGGGCUCUAUCAUCCGUACGUGCACCACCACCACCACCACCACCACCACCAGCCCCACCUCUCCGCCGCCGACGGCCGAUACGUCCGCUCGUGGAUCGAGCCCAUAUCCAACCACGUUCCGCUCUCCGGCUUCCCCGCGCCCGGCGGCCGGACCGCCAAGCCCGAGGCUCCGGCUCCGGCUCCGGCUCCGGCUCUGCUGGCGCCGAAGGGCGCCGAGUGCGACGCCGCCGCCGCCUUCGACGCCGAGUCGCGGUCGGCGGCCGGCGAGUUCGCCUGCGGGCUCCACGGGUGCGCCGAGAAGGCGGCCAAAGAGCACAGCGGCAGGACGGCCGGCGCGCCGAGCCGGGCCGAGCCCAAAGAGGAGAAACAACAACAACUUGACCCAAACAACCCGGCGGCCAACUGGAUUCACGCGCGCUCGACGAGGAAGAAGCGGUGCCCCUACACCAAAUACCAGACCCUGGAGCUGGAGAAGGAGUUCCUCUACAACAUGUACCUGACCCGGGACCGCCGCUACGAGGUGGCCCGCAUCCUCAGCCUGACCGAGAGGCAGGUGAAGAUCUGGUUCCAGAACCGGAGGAUGAAGAUGAAGAAGAUGAACAGAGAGAAGAGCGGCAAGGAGCAUCUAUAGACCCGAACCCACCCAUCCCCACCCCAUCCCCACCCCCCGCUCCGGGUCGGCUCAAGCGGUCGGACACAUGUGAUGUUUUGCAAGAAAAUCACGACUAGAACCCCGCUCGGGCUCCUGCAGGUUUGAGCCUGAGAUCCGGAUCAGCGGGCAGGACUCGGAAUCAACCCCCUCUCCCCCCCCCCCCACGUCUCGCUCUCCUUUUUUCCGCCAGCAGCGAAAAAACAAAACAAAACAAAAAAAAGAAACAAAAUGUACAGGAAUUUCUAGACUGCCAAACUAUAUCUGCUUUUAUUUUAUUUUCAUUUUAUUUUAUUUACACGGAGGGGAAGAAAAAAGAAGCAGCCUCGAACUAUCCGGCUCGGAUUGGUUUUUGUUGUGUUUUGGUUUUAUUUUAUUGUCUUCGUUGCAUCCGAGGGAAUUUCGAGAAUCCUCGCAGAUACCCGCGCUGAGGAGCCGCCGCUGGACUAGCGCUGCUUCCGCCCGCCCGCCCGCCGCUCUUUA